UUUCAGAAACCUCGAUGCAAGGUUUGUGGAGGAACAUCAAAAGUGAGAAGCAGCAAGCACUUGUUUUUGAAUUUGACCAAGUUGGAAUCGUCCUUGAAGACCUGGAUCGACAAAUCUUCUUCUGAAGGAACGUGGACACCAAAUUCUCGCCAGAUAACUCAGGGUUGGGUGAAGGAGGGCCUUAAGCCACGAUGCAUUACACGCGACUUGAAAUGGGGAACCCCAGUUCCUUUGGAAGGAUACACAGAUAAGGUCUUCUACGUGUGGUUUGAUGCACCAAUAGGGUACCUUUCGAUCACAGCAAACUACACGAACGAGUGGGAGAAAUGGUGGAAAAACCCUCAACAAGUCACUCUUCAUCAGUUCAUGGCAAAGGAUAAUGUCCCUUUCCACACUGUUGUGUUCCCGUGCACUCUGAUUGGUGCAGACGACAACUACAGUCUUUUGAAUUCCAUCAGCGCAACAGAAUACCUCAAUUACGAAGAUGAUAAGUUCUCCAAGAGUCGUGGAGUGGGGGUGUUUGGUGACGAUGCAGCCGACACAGGCAUACCAGCAGAUGUGUGGAGAUUCUAUCUGGUUUUCGUCAGGCCCGAGAGCCAGGAUAGUGCUUUCAGUUGGUCGGAUUUCGUUGCACGCAACAACACUGAAUUGCUCAACAACUUUGGCAACUUCAUCAACCGCGCCUUAAUGUUUGUCCAGAACAACUUUGAUGGUUCUAUACCAGCCAUGGAAUUGACAGACGAUGACAAGAAGUUCAUCGCACUUAUCAACAAAGAGUUGAAGACGUAUAUCGAUAAUCUUGAGAAAAUUAGGCUUCGAGAAGGUUUAAAAGACGUGCUGAACAUAUCUAAGCUUGGUAAUCAGUACAUACAGUCCAACCAACCUUGGGUUCUCGUCAAGGGCAACGAAUCAGAAAGAUCACGUGCAGGUACAGUCAUAGGGAUCACAGCCAACCUUUCCUGGCUGCUGUCUGUUCUCGUUCAUCCCUUCAUGCCCGGGGUCAGUGAAGAGAUUCAACGCCAGUUACAGGUCACCGACGAAGGCAAUGUGGUGUUGGACAACUUUAUUCCUUAUCUGGAGACUGGUCACAAGAUUGGAACGCCCAAACCACUCUUCCACAAGAUCGAUGCCUCCGUCGCGGAUCAGUUCCGCGCAAAAUACGGUGGGAACAAACAGAAGCAACCAGCUUCACACAACAAACCAAAAGACGCUACUAAGGGAAAAGAGGAGGGGAAAAAGUAGACACCCGCUAACCGCCGAGUGGAUUGUUCGUGCCUUGGAUGCACGCAUCUCCCAAGCUUUCCCAGUUUCUGGUUUGAAUGAAUUACGAAAACUUUUUUGCUAUUUUACAUUGCAAAAUAAAUAGAAGUAAGCACAGAAUUUAACAGAACCUAAACUUAGCAGAAAUCAGAGUAAUAUACUGUCUAGUAUAAAGCAUUUUCGAGCAACAUUUUUUCUUCGUUUGUGAUUUCAAAUAUAUUUUCCAUUUUACUUUUAGUCUUUUAAAUGUUAUCGUGAAAUUGUUUAGCUUCUCAUUUGAAGAAGAAGAGUUAAAAAGGUAGCCUAGCCAAAGCAUUCAAUGGUACCACUGACCCAAUACUGCUCAGUAUUUCAAAAGCUCGGAUAUGAUAAAGGGUUCUCACUUAAUCUCUUAUCAACGUCAGAUUACCAGGCGUCUAAUGUCCAAUCAGUAUCAAUGAACUCAAUUUUGUCAACCUGCCAUCUUAUUGCUAACAUAUUGCGAAAUCAGUUUGUUUCUUGAAUUAAGCAGUAAACUUGGUAGCUCAAGUGCAUAUGAAUGGAAUAAUUACCUUAAGAGCUGAUUAAAACAAAAUU